GCGGGGCAGCGUGGCGUCAGCGCAAGAGAUGGCGGCCUCGGCGGCGCCGUUCCUGCGAUUACGGAGCGGGCUCCGGCAAGGCGCGUGGGGGCUAUGCGCGAGAUUCGCGACGCCGCCCCCUCGGGCCCCGGACCAGUUGCAGGCUACAGAGAUUGGGAGCCGAGCAGGCAUUAAGGCCCAGGCCCAGGGGCCACAGCAGCAGAGGAACUCGGAGGGUCCCAGCUAUGCCAAAAAAGUCGCACUCUGGCUUGCUGGGCUGCUCGGGGCUGGUGGGACCGCGAGCGUCAUCUAUAUUUUUGGAAACAACUCUGUGGAUGAAAAUGGUGCCAAGAUUCCCGAUGAAUUCGACAACGAUCCAAUUCUGGUACAGCAGUUGCGCCGGACAUACAAAUAUUUCAAAGAUUAUAGACAGAUGAUCAUCGAGCCCACCAGCCCCUGCCUUCUCCCAGACCCUCUGCGGGAGCCGUACUACCAACCACCGUACACACUGGUCUUGGAGCUCACUGGCGUCCUCUUGCACCCUGAGUGGUCGCUGGCCACUGGCUGGAGGUUUAAGAAGCGUCCAGGCAUCGAGACCUUAUUCCAGCAGCUCGCCCCUUUGUAUGAAAUCGUCAUCUUUACGUCAGAGACUGGCAUGACUGCCUUUCCACUCAUCGACAGCGUGGACCCCCACGGCUUCAUCUCCUACCGCCUGUUCCGGGACGCCACGAGAUACAUGGAUGGGCACCAUGUUAAGGACAUUUCGUGUCUGAAUCGGGACCCAGCCCGAGUAGUAGUCGUGGACUGCAAGAAGGAAGCCUUCCGCCUACAGCCCUACAACGGCGUCGCCCUGCGGCCCUGGAAUGGCAACUCCGAUGACCGGGUCUUAUUGGACCUAUCUGCCUUUCUGAAGACCAUUGCUCUGAAUGGUGUGGAGGAUGUCCGAACUGUGCUGGAGCACUACGCCCUGGAGGAAGACCCACUGGAGGCUUUCAAACAGCGGCAAAGCCGGCUGGAGCAGGAGGAGCAGCAGCGGCUGGCUGAGCUCUCCAAAUCCAGCAAGCAGAACCUCUUCUUUGGCUCCCUUACCAGCCGCUUGUGGCCUCGCUCCAAACAGCCCUGACCACUGGGCCUCCUUAAACUCAGUGCCUGGGUUCUGGGCUCCAGGCCCAGUGCUCCCAGACCACGGCUUGGCCAACCACAUGUCCAAUAAAGUUCAUCGCAGACGCCA